UGGCCUGCAGACCCCUGCCCAUGGGGUGGGCAGCACAGCAGUGGACGAGCAGCCUCCCCCUCUACUCAGAAAAGCUGCUGUCCCCAACCUGCUGCCCCUCUUGCUCGCUGUGCAUGGCGAGAGCUCCUCCAUCACCCAGAGCCUCCUGCCRAGUGUGCCCGUUUCCCAAUCUCUUCCAGAUGACCUUCUUCUUCUCKGACAAGGUGGUGCUGCUCUUUGACUUCUGGAGCGUCCACAGCCCUGCAGGGAUGGUGCUCUCGGUGUUGGUCAUCCUGCUGCUCUCCAUGCUCUACGAAACGGUGAAGAUCGGCAAGGCCAAGGUGCUGCGCCGGGCGGUGCUGGCCAUCCCGCGCAGCCUCAGCCACRACGUCUUGCUGGAGCAGGAUGGGGAUGGCAGUGUGGGGCAUCACGAUGCCGCGCAGGGCAGGUGGUUCCUGUUCCACGUCAGCCAGACCCUGCUCCACGUGGUGCAGGUGGUGGUGGGUUACAUGGUGAUGCUGGCCGUCAUGUCCUACAAUGCCUGGAUCUUCCUCGGCGUGGUUGUGGGCUCCGCGCUUGGUUAUUUCGUGGUGUUCCCGCUGCUCAACGUGGGCUAGACGGGCCAGGGGCCAUCCCCAUGGCCCCGCAGGGGCCACAGCCCUUGUGCUGGCUGCGUGGCUGGAAAUGCUGAAGCACAUGGUCAAGGCCUCCACCGCGACACGUGAGCUGAGGUCAAGAGGAAACGUGCCGCCCAGUCUUCUGCUUUUCUUGCAUAGCUGCUGUCACUUCUGCUGGCUCUGUCCUUGCCCUUUGCCGUGCGGGCAGCAGCCCCGGGACCUCCUGCAGUCCCUUGCUGCUGGCAGGAUUGAGGUGGGGAUGGAGACUGGGUGAAAAAGCCCCCGCCAAGCUGCCCACCGCUGGGCUGCUGCAUGGCUCCGCUGCUUCCCCACCUGCCAUGCUGUCCUUGGCCGUGUGGCCAUCCCCGUGUUGGGGAUCUGCAGCUGUGGGACAGAGGGAGCAGGUUGAGCAGGCACCGAGUCUGGCUGGGAGAGCUGGGCAUCACCCUGCCCGCCCUCUCCUGAGGGGUUAUGUUGUGGCCAGCUCUUGCAUGCUCAAUUCAUCCUUAUGCUCAGGGAAUAAAAAGC